AUGCGGACAGUGGUGCUCCUCCUCAUAAUGGGAAUAGUGGAUCUGAGCAUCGGCCAGCGUUACAGUCAGUUUCACUGGCUGUCCCACCUGCGUGCUCGGCGGCAACAUGCAGGCUGGCAGGCCGAGGAUGUGGACUGCCCCCUGGAGUGCGACUGCCCCUCAACCUUCCCCACAGCUAUGUAUUGUCACAGCCGCAAUCUUCAGCAUGUUCCCUACGUCCCCUCACAUAUAAAGUAUGUCUACCUGCAGCGUAACCAGAUCACAGGCAUCCAGGAUGGGGUGUUUAACAACGCUACUAACUUAGUCUGGGUUGUGCUGUUUCACAACCAGCUCAACUCAGACAAGAUCGGCAAGAACGUCUUCAGCAAGCUCAAGAACCUGGACCGGCUGUUGUUGGAUCACAAUGAACUUACCCGUGUGCCUCCCAAUUUGCCCAAGUCUAUCACAGACCUGCGACUUGGUCACAACAAGAUCUCAAAAAUUCUCCCCAACUCAUUCGAGGGGAUGGCUGACCUCACUACCCUUCAACUCCAAGCUAAUCUCAUAGAGGACAUUGGAGGUGUGUUCAAGGGACUGAAGUCUCUGACCAUGCUGGAUAUGAGGAAAAACAAGCUGAGGAAAAUCCCUGACAACCUCCCUGAGAGGCUGCACCAGCUCUACCUGGAGUUUAAUAACAUAGAGAGUGUGCCGGCUGGCUUUCUCACCAUGUACCCCAAGCUGCAGUUUUUCCGAUUGGCUCAUAACAAGCUGACAGAUAAAGGACUUCCAUCUGGUGUCUUCAAUAUUAGCACACUGGUUGAACUUGACCUGUCCUUCAAUAAACUGGAGAAGAUCCCCGUUGUCAGUAGGAACCUGGAGAACCUUUAUUUACAAGCCAAUAAGAUCAAAGAGUUCUCCCUGAGCAGCUUCUGCAGCACAAUCGACAUGACAAACUUCUCUAAGCUGAGAAUGCUGCGUCUGGAUGCCAAUGAGAUCAGUGCCAGAGACAUUCCUGCUGAAGCUGCCUACUGUUUGCGGCGCGUUGCCUUUAUUGAUGUGUAGUGCUCUCUCACUGAUGUGUCUCAGCUCACUCAGGGUUUUUGCUCCUUCUGUAACACCCCUGCUUCUUGUCACCUGUCCCUAUUUUUACCUUAUGUCACUUACUGUCCUCACUAGCAAAACUUUGCAAGAUGAUGUUUUGUUAAACUGUUUCAAGAGCUACUAUUAUUAUUCCAAAUGAUUAAACAGUUCCAGUACUAAUAAACGGGAAAUACCACAGAUGUAUAAUCAUGUAUCCAGAUGACAGGCAUAUGGAUGACAAAGAGCAAUGGAUGACAUCCUUUCAACAGACCAAUUAGAUUAUCAGUUGCAGUAUUCUGGCAAAAUAAUACUCAAACUCUUAAUAAGUUGUAGCUGUUGACAACAAGUUCUGCUUGUGUCAUGUCUGGCAAAAUAUAACCUGUAUAAAACAACACUGUCAUCACUGUGAGAUUCAGUUUGGAUCUUUGCCUCCACCAUGUGGUACCAGGUGAUAAAACAGUAAGAUGGGCAGUGAAAAUUUUCAUUAUUAUUAUUUGGCUAGGUCACUUUUUAACAUGCAGUCAGUGUAUUCACUUAAUAAUGGGUUUACUGGUUGUUGUUACAUCUUUAGAAUAUUUUUACUUUAAAGACUGUUCAUAAUUUUCCAGCAACAUUUAACAUUACAUUACAUUAUUUAACAUUGGGUGUUUGUGUCUAUAACUGAUGAAAAAAUAUGUAUUCCUUCUUCAGAUAAGGCUCUAUCUAAAAGCUAAUCAUUUGUUGGUUUCAAGUCUGUUAUUACUGUAUUAACUGCUCUAUAAUGUUUUAGUUUUUUGGUAGGUGUGUUUCAGUAACUUAAACUUCACUUUUGAAAGAUUCUUGUAAGUUGUAAAUUCUGAGCCAAUGUGUUUUAUAUUGUAUGUGUCAUUAAAAUGUGUACUUCACAGACAGAGUGAGUCAGUAAGCUAAGAAUCCAGAUUUUUGACCUGUGAAUCGACAUGAUUCAGUUUAUAUCCACCCAGACAGAGAGCUAUGAAUUACACAUUUUUACGCAAAGUGUAAAGUGAUUUUUUUUUCAUCUAGGAAUUUGCCACUUUGUACCUAUUAUUACAUCUGGGGGGGGGCGAACAAUUUCCAGAGUUAUUUGUCUCUCUAACUGUUGACAGUGAUGUAUUUUUAGCUCCAACAACAUGUUCUGUUUCCUCUAAUUUGAAGGUAAGAGAGGCAGAGAGGUUGGGAGAGAGAAAAAGGCGGCAGCCCUCUUGACAAUUCAAACUGGUCUUAGGCAGUUCCCACAUAUUUAUUGUUGAAGACAACUUGCCUUUUCAUCUUCCACAGCUGCCUUUAAUCCUCUGCAGAAAGGCACUAAAUUGAAUUAUAGAAAUACUUUCCUUGUUUUGUAAUGGAGCAAUGUCUUGGGAUAAAGAAUGGAUUGCUGGUGGUGCAAUGAUGGUUUGCGCACUGAUAAGCGGUAGCCUGUGAAAUGAAGUGUGUUAUAGAUCAUGUUAUAUUGCAGGCUGUGCAUGGUUCUGCAGAGGCUGUGGAGCGGGGCUGUUUUUUUUUUUCUCCUCCGCUUCUUACGCAGAUUCUUCAGAAACAAAAUAGAGGCCAGCACACAUGUACGUGAUCAUAUGUGGGAAUCUUUUGACAGAGUUUACUGAUGUGGUCCUCUCUGGGACGCAUACAAUUGUUUCACUUUGUGGGGAAUUGUCCAAUUUAUCUCAGACUCAGACGUUAUGCAAUUUAUUAUUACAAAACAUCAGGCUGGGCCAUCAGUGAGUAAACACGAGUAAAAGGCAUGACGGUAUUAGGGAAUACACAUGCCCCGCCUUCCCUCUCUCUCUGUAUUAUCCUGUUGCUUACCACUGCCACACAUUAAUGAUUAAAUGUCAUGCAUGCAUUUGUGUAAACUGUAGUAGCAAACCAAAUCCUGUCAGGCCCUGCGCAGUUAAGACAUUUCUUUCAGCUGCAGCAGUGGCUGGUGUGCAUCAAUCAUGAUCGUUUCUCUCUCCUCUCUCUCUGCCAGUAACAACAGCCCAGUGUGUUUGACCAAUAACAGAAUAUUCUCCAGAGUUCAUGUUGAAACUAUUCAUACUGUUUUGCAAUAAAACUUUGGCCAUAACUUUUCACAGUUGGCUCCAUGAA